AUGGCGCACGAUAUGGACCUGACGGAAGCCGAGCGCUGGCAACGUCAAGUCGCGGAGGGCGAGAAGCCAUUCUCAAAAGCGCCCUACCCUACUCCUCCGCCCUUCUGGAAGCACUUUACACGCGCCAAUAUCGAGCGCUUGAAGAGCGCCCCAGCCGAUGAGCCACUGCCUUAUGACCUUCUUGUCCUCCGACCGCCGCCUCCACCGCCACCGUCGCACGACAGCUACCUCGCUUUCGACAAGCCGAAUCCGAUCGAUACUACGCCUGAGCUUCCCUCUGCGGACACGCUUCUGUUCGAUCCGUCCGAUCCUGAUCUGAACCAUGCGGUAGUUCUUAGCCGGUUGACGAAGUCCCUUCUCCUGAACUUUCUGGAGUUCUCGGCCAUCCUUGCAGAUGCGCCGACCGAAAGAGACGAGAAGAUGGAGGAUAUCCAGCGCUUGGUCAAGAAUAUCAUCGUGGUAAUCAACAUGUAUCGGCCGCAUCAGGCGCGGGAAAGUGUCAAGGAGAUGUUGCAGGGGAUGCUGGAUGAUGGGCAGAGGGAGAUUGAUGAGAGUGAUCGGUUGCAAGGGGAGGUGAAGGGGUUCUUGGAGAGCGUGCAGGCGUGGAAUGAGGAUGCUACAAAGACAGCGAACGCCAACGGGUUGAUUCAUACGAACGGGCACAACACUCAGAAUGGAACUAGCGAUGAGGAGAGUGCUGAGGUCACAGAGGCACGCAGACUGUGGAGGAUCGUCCACGAUGUUGCUGGGGAAGAAGUUUCAACAUGA